UCUACACUUGUAACGAGUGCAGAGAGGCUUGAGCACCCCGCGCGAUGCUGCAACCGCGCAACGACUCCGCCGCUACGGCCAAAGAUCUCGCGCCAGAAAGCCAAGAACACGUGCUUGUACCAGUCGAGCAUCCUUUUCCUCGCCCAAAGAUUCAACUUUUGGGGCGUCUUCAACCAAAUCGAGGAGGGGAAGCAAAUGGAGUCGGUCGCUAGGGCUUGCCUGCAAUCAGCACUCAAGGCGGUGAACUACGUGCUCGGGCUGGUGGGGAUCGGAGUCAUCAUCUACUCGCUCCGGUCUAUCGGUAUUUGGUACUUGCGCACCGGUGAUUUUUCCUCUAUUGCCGUGGCAGAUGGGAAUCCCCCAUGGUUCAUGUGUGCUUCUCUAGGCAUUGGGAUUUCCUUGAUAUUGAUAACCUGUGCUGGUCAUAUUGCUGCUGAAACUGCUAACGAUCAUUGCCUGUCUUGUUAUGCAAUAGUUGUCUUUUUGCUCAUCAUGUUAGAGGCUGCAGCUGCUGCAGAUAUUUUUCUGAACAGAGAUUGGGAACAGGAUUUCCCAGAAGAUAUAACAGGUAAGUUUGAUGAGUUGAAGAACUUUGUGAGGUCAAAUUCUGAGUUGGGCCAAUGGAUAGGUGCUUUGAUAAUAGCUUCAGAAGCAUUGUCCAUCUUCUUGUCAAUAUUGCUUAAGGCUCUCGGGCCUGAGGAUCAAACUGACUAUGAGAGUGACGAUGAUGUUGUACAAACAAGAUUACCUUUUUUGAGAAACCAGGUUCAAAAGACUCCUCACGUGCCUGAUCAACAAUUAAUGGCAUUUGAUUGCUAAUAUACAUGAGAAGGAAGUGAUGAAACGUUGCACUUGGCUGCAGUCUGUUCUCCCUAUAAAUAGCAUCUUGUUAGGUUUCAUUUUGGUUCUUGUAAAUAAAGUAUUAAUGUAGAGAUUGUUUAAUAAAGGAUAAGUUCUAGUUGGAGAGUUGAUGAAUUACCAAAAUUUCUAUUUUGUAUAAAUUGAUAA